GCUGACGACGGUGACUCGGAGACCCUGUUAGAGCAUUGCACGAGUUGUGAGGACGGGUCGUUGUGAGGACCAGCCCAAGGAUAAGUAAAUCUUAAAAGGUUGGAGGCUUGGUUCACACCUGUCCAAGAUGCCAUUCAAGGUGAUUUUCCCAGGAAAUGCAGCUGCUCAAAACGCGCUGGAACCAAUGCAGAUCGACGCUCCGCCCGAGGAGAACGAAAAUGCUUCUGAAGAGCCGCUGCCCGAGGUCCACACUGCCAGCCUCGACCUGGAGACCUACAUUGCCUCCUAUAAAGGCUUAGGCCAACUGUACCGCCUGAGCUUCAUCGCCGAGCGGUGCCCGCCGCUGCGCGUGGAGGCGCUGAAGAUGGCCAUCCAGCUGGUGCAGAACACGUUCAACGUGGCGCUGUACCAGUCGCUGCACCGCCAGCUGCAGGAGGCCGUGGCGUCGGGCCAGAACCUGCCGGACGUGACGGGCCAGGCGCCGGGCCAGGCGGCGCUGCCGCUCCUCGAUCAGCAGUGGGUGGAGACCAAGACCAAGCGGGCAGCUCUCAAGCUGGAGAAACUGGACAACGACCUGAAGAACUACAAGUCCAACUCGAUCAAGGAGUCUAUCCGCCGGGGCCACGACGACCUGGGCGACCACUACCUCGAGUGUGGCGACCUGAGUAACGCGCUCAAGUGCUACUCGCGCGCGCGCGACUACUGCACCAGCGGCAAACACAUGGUGCACGUCUGUCUGAACGUCAUCAAGGUGUCGGCGUACCUGCAGCACUGGGCUCACGUCAGCAGUUACGUCCUCAAAGCGGAGAUGACGCCCGACGAGAACGAGUCGGCGCCGUGGAAGGAGUCGGUGCAGACCAAGCUGCACCUAGCCGCCGGACUGGCCCACCUGCGGCACGGCGCCUUCGACAGCGCCGCCAAGUCCUUCCUCAAGUGCAGCUUCGACCACUGCGACCUGCCCGAGCUGAUCUCGCCGUCGAACGUGGCCGUGUACGGCGGCCUCUGCGCGCUGGCCACCUACAGCCGGGCCCAGCUCAAGACGGACGUCAUCGGCAGCGCCUCGUUCAAGCUGUUCCUGGAGCUGGAGCCGCAGCUGCGUGACGCGGUGCACAAGUUCCACGAGUCGUCGUACGCCGACUGCCUGCGCAUGCUGGACGAGAUGCGGGACACGCUGCUGCUCGACAUGUACCUGGCGCGCUACGUCCGCCAGCUGUACAGCAUGAUCCGCAACCGGGGGCUCGUCCAGUACUUCAGCCCGUACGCGUCAGCCGACCUGCGCAAGAUGGCGGAGGCGUUCAACACGACCGUGCCGGAGCUAGAGGACGAGCUGAUGAGGCUGAUCCUGGACGGCCAGAUCCAGGCGCGCAUCGACUCCCACAACAAGAUCCUGUACGCCAAGAGCGUGGACCAGCGCAGUCAGACGUUCGAGCGCGCGCUGGCCGUCGGCAAGGAGUACAUCAAGCAGACCAAGGGGCUCAUCCUCCGGUCGGCUAUCCAGACGGCGCAGAUCUCCGUCCGGAUGCCGGCUCGAGAGGGUGUGCAGGCCAUGGAUGCCAGUCAGGACGGCACCGACUGAUACCUGCCAAUCACAGCCGCGGCGCGGUCUGCCUCCGCCAAUCGCCGUUUCCGCUGGCCUGCAUCCGUCAAUCACAGCCUGCGCUGGUCCGCGUUCGCCAAUCACAGCUCUUAGCUGGUUUGCAUCCGCCAAUAACAGCCCUCGCCGGAGCGCGACCACCAGCGGAUGCGUCGCCUGCUCACCGUCGCGCCGAUCAGGCGUCGCCGCUCGUUGUGACGUCACGGUGGAGUGUUCUGCUGUGAUAGUGACCUGGUUCGAGUCGCGGACUAAUCUAACAUGAAGGCGGUGGGUCAGUCCGAGCCCGCAGGCCGCGGCAGCCCUGCAGGGACGGCUGAGGACUCCCUCACCUAGACUUCCGACAUCCCUGCUGAGAUCGCACCUGCGGAAACUUGCGUGGAAUCGAACCGAUUCCCCGCGUGGAAUGCAGCGACUGCUUGCGUUGGGCCGUGGAGCCUCCCCGUCGGCGUUGACUCCGGGCCUCAGCGCGUUGGGCUGCCGUACCUUCACACGUGGGUGCGCAUGCUGCGAGACGCGGUGCGGGUGGUUGCCUCCGUGGGCGGACCAUUUGCGGACGCCGGGGCCCCGUCGCUCGUGCCUGCGGUCUGCGGUAGGGGCCCUGCCCCUGUGCCCGUCGUACUCUGUGAAGGUCGUGUCUCGUAUCGCGUGUGCGGAGUGGAAGCGCUGAAUCCGAUACGGCCUGGCCGUGUGUGACCGUUGUGUCCGUGCCCUUUCAGUAAUACAAAUGCUGCUGCGAA